AUGUUUCAUACUGUCACACUCGAGCCCAAAUUUUUCCACUGUUACCAACCCAUCUUCACCACGACCCGAAUUUUGGGCUUAAACCCUUUUUCCAGUCACAAAACCCCCAAAAAGUAUUUAUUAAUUUGGUCAUGGAGUUUGUACCUCAUCAGCUGUGCCCUAAUUACAAUUCUGACAAUUUUGGGGUUUUUGGGUUUGGAAAGUUACAUCAAAGCAGGCACUGAUGGUUUCGUCUGGUCGAAAUUCACCCAAAACCAUUUCUUAUCAAUUCUUGAUUUCGCCGAAUUGCAAUUGUUGGGUUUUUACUUCGUUGUGGUUCAACCAUUUGGGUUUAAACAAUUCGUAGAUAUGAUGGAUGGUUUUGGGAAAAUCGACUCGCUUUUCCCUGAUUUUAACAGUGAAAGGGACCGGAAAUGGUGCAUGGUUUUCGGGAGUGGCGUUUUUGUGGUUUUUUCAAUGGUUUUGGUUUUUGAUGGGGUUGUGAUUUGGAGGAAUGUCAAUGGGACUGAACUGGGAUUAAAGGAUUACACUUUUUAUCUCAUUUAUCUCGUUUCGAUUGGUUUUGAGUUGCAGUAUUGGCAAUUGGUGUGGUUUGUUGAACAAAGGAUGAAACGAAUCAAUGACAAUUUGAAACACAGUAUGGCCAACUUGAAAAAAAUUAAGUUAUGAUUGAAAAUUGUAGGAAAUGGUCAUCGCGUGAUUUUUAACGCAAUGAUUGGUUAUGAGCACAUUUAUGACGUCAUUAAUUGCAUCAACAAGACUUUUAAUGUUCAAAUUUCGCUAAUUAUUCUGAGUUGUUUUCUACGAAUCGUCCUAAAUCUUUACAUUUUUAUCUUAUCAAUCAUUCACAAAGACGAAACUGUUUUUUUAUUAUUGCAUAUCGCGUGGAUUUGUCUCUAUUUCAUUCGAUUCGUAAUAAUUUUGGAAGUUUGUCAUUCAUGUGAAAAACAGCACCAAAGAGCUUUGAAUUUAAUUUUCAGUCUCAUAACUCGGACUGUAAGAGACGACACUAAAGAAAUUUUGAAAAAUUUUGGUUUGAAAUUGACGCAAAAUAAAAUCAGAUUUUGCUGUUUUGCCAUUCCACGAAUUAAUCGCUCUUUGUUUAUUACAAUUGGCAGUUCGGUAACGACGUUUUUGAUUAUUUUUAUACAAUUUACAAAACUGUAAAGUUGGAAAUAACGCUUCCAAAAAUUGCUAUUUUACGGACUAUUUUUAUGCACAAUUUUCAAAAAAUUAUUUAUUUAUAAGACUACUAUAAGGGCCCCUUCAGCACACAGCACUUUUUAAGGAAAAACACCCUGAUUUUCAAGGGGUAACAGAAAAGCGCAAAAAAAAUCGUGAAAACACCCUGAUUUUCAAGUCUAAACAGAAAAUCGUAAAAUAUCGUGAAAACACCCCCGAUUUUAAAGGUAUAUUUUAAAAUUAACAUUUUUAACCCCUUAGGGACACAGCUAUUUUUAAAGAAAACACCCUCGAUUUUCAAGAGUAAACUGAAAAGUAGAAAAAAUCGUGAAAACACCCCCGUUUUUAAAGCAUAUUAAAAAGCCUUUGGUCCAUGGAACCAUUCAGCACAACAGUUAAAAUAUUAAGAAUUCACCCAGAUCUUAAAGAUGAACAGCCAUCCUACCUGACCAGUUUGUGAAUUUUCAUAAAAUUCAUAAUCAACUAUUUCGGCGUUAAAUGGUUUACAUUUGUUUAUUUGUGUACGCAGUUCACGAGCCUGUGCUCCACUUAAAAAUUGGGUUUCUGGAUUCCUCGCCGUAUACAAAAUGCACCAUAGACAUGGGUGUUUUUUCCUCUUGGUCUGCCGACUCCAAAUACUAGUUGGUCCAAACGCACACUCGGGUGGGGUCAAGUCUACAAAUAAUUGUAAUAUGGCUUGGGGGGAUUGUCACAUUCCCGAGCGCAGGACAAAAACCCAUCUAUAAAUUAACUGUAAAUAUAAAAUAUGUAGAGCAAAUAACAUGGAUACUUAUUUACAUUUCUCAUUCGCCAUUCCAACGAAAUUAUAAUAGGAGGAGAAAGGGUCGACCAGAGAAAGGAUUGAUUGUUGGAA